CUGCUGGAUUGACCCAGUUGUGUAAGUGGCAGAGGGGAUUGGGUCACCAUGGUGCAGGCCUGGUACAUGGACGAUUCCACGGAGGAUCAGAGGAAACCGCACCACCUGCAGCCGGAGCAGCCCGUAAGCUUGGAGCAGCUGAAGGCAGUCGGGGUGCACUCAUUCUCAUUGGAUGCUGACAGAUACGAGUCUGAUCCCGAGCUUGCCAAGAUCCGCCAGGAAAACAACUACACCUGGAUGGAUAUCAUAACCAUACACAAGGAUACGCUGCCCAAUUACGAGGAGAAGCUGAAAAUCUUCUACGAGGAACACUUACACCUCGAUGAUGAAAUUCGCUACAUCCUUGAGGGCAGCGGGUACUUUGAUGUUCGAGACAAGGAGGACAGGUGGAUCCGGAUCUUCAUGCAAAAAGGGGACAUGAUAACCCUGCCAGCUGGGAUUUACCAUCGCUUCACCCUGGAUGAAAAUAAUUAUGUGAAAGCUAUGAGACUGUUUGUGGGAGACCCAGUGUGGACCCCGUACAACCGCCCUGCUGACAACUUUGAGGCUCGUGAAAAAUACGUUCAGUUUUUGACACAGACAGUUUGAACUUUAUUUCUCUUGAGCUUUGGCUGACUUGUUCUGUUCAAAGAAUGAGUGGGAAAUGGAAUAAAUAUCCUUUGCUAAAUGGACCCUAUAGAGUAUAGAGGUAAUAGUGAUUCCAAGCAAGAAACAUCCAGCCAGUGUGCAGCAUGGAAUAUGUGUACAGAGCAGUGAUUGGCUGGUGUGGUGUGUGGCAUUGCUAGUACCUGUGGCACUCUGCUGCGGGCUUCUUGUGAACUAGAAGUGCCAAGUGCCCUGCCAGGAGAUGUAGGAUAGAGCCAUGUUACCAUCGAUGGUAAGGCCCCCUAUUUUACACACAGGCAUUUAUAUAUGCGCUCCACUGAGCAGGAAUGAGGAGCCAUUCCUUCCUAUGUUACCUGUACCCACGCAUCACACUAAACCACCAAUGAGGGUGAGCUGCAUAUUCUGUUCACUUGCAUUCUGCGGGUCUGCACUUUGCCAUAGGUACAGCCAGAAUAGGGACAAAUGGGCUCUUUAAAGAGAAACUAUACCCCUCAACAAUGUAGAUCUCUAGAGAAAUAUGUUGCAUAAAUAAACUCAUAUGUAACACCCUGCUUUCUUUUAAAUAAACCAUUUUCAUAAAAA